GGGGGUUCGCGUCCGCACGCGCCCGGCGGCGGGGCCGGAGCGGGGCCGAGAGCGGCUGAGGGGGGAGAGCGGCGGCGGGGCCGCGAGGGACAUGGGCCCGCCGCGGGUGUGAGCAGCGCCGCUCGCCAUGAGCUGCACCAUUGAUAAGAUCCUGACGGACGCGCGGACGCUGCUGGAGCGGCUGAAGGAGCACGACACGGCGGCCGAGUCGCUCAUCGACCAGUCGGCCGUGCUGCACCGGCGCGUGGCCGCCAUGCGGGAGGCGGGCGCGGGCUGCGCCGACCAGGGCCCGGGCCCCGCGGCGGAGCGACCCGACCCGUCCCGGCUGCGGCCGCACGUGGUGCUGGCGCAGGAGAACACGCAGAUCCGCGACCUGCAGCAGGAGAACCGGGAGCUGUGGGUCUCACUGGAGGAGCACCAGGACGCGCUGGAGCUCAUCAUGAGCAAGUACAGGAAGCAGAUGUUACAGCUGCUGGAAGGGAGAAAACGUGAAGAGGCAGAACCAGUCUUGAAAGUCCAUCAGGCUAAUUCUGGGGAAAUUGAAAGUCAAAUAGACAGAAUAUGUGAGAUGGGAGAGGUGAUGAGAAAAGCUGUUCAAGUGGAUGAUGAGCAAUUCUUUAAAGUUCAGGAGAAACUGGCUCAGUUGGAGCUUGAAAACAAAGAGCUGCGUGAGCUGCUGUUGAUCAGCAAGGAGUCCUUCGAGGUGGGGAGAGAAGAUCUGCCAGACUGAAGCCUAGGCCACACAAACCUCAUCUCCAAGCCUUCAGGGACUGUUAUGAAACUACCUGACAAGGAUUUGUUGUUUCAGGUGUUUCCUUGUAUAUUUGUUUUAUCUUUAAAGUGUGUGGGCUGUUUUCUCUGCGUUUUUCUGAAGUGUUGAUGGCAAAAGCUUGCACCCUGCUCUGUCUUAGUACCUGCAGCACUCGGAUGCUUAGCACUGAAGUAUUUGGUGUGUCCUCCCUUGUGAUGGCUCAUUUCCUCUCCCUCUGUUAUUUUUUAUGAGCUUUAGUCAGUAAUUCCAGCUGUACAGAUGGCUCUUAAAUCCACCUUGUGUGUAGCUAGAGAUCAUAAUGCAGGUUGUGAUUAUUGUGCUUGAUAGAAGGAAUAGCAGAUGAUUGAGAAACCACAGUGUGAGAGGCAGGGAUGUGGUUUGCUCUGGCUGCAAAGGGCAGCUGGGCUCUGCAGAGUGAGUGACCCUCAGUGUCUGGCUGGCCUGGCUUUGUCACCUGGCCUGGCUUUGUCACCUGGCCACUGCUGAGGGCAGCUGAGAGAACAGCAAUGCCAGCAGAGCACUUGAAGGAGUCACUCCUAUUCAGAGCAAACUUCACCUUGUUUUAGGGGUGAAGAUUGGAGUGAACAACCCUUCCUGACACACACUUUUUUGAAGGAUUACUCUUUUUUGAUUGAUAGACCUGUCCCAGCCUUCCCAGUGCUCCCAGUUAUCAGCCAGCCCUGCUCAGGGCGCAGCACCUGCAGAUCAAAGCUCUUUGGCCUCCCACAAAUUUGGGUUCGGGCAGAGGGAGCUCAGGUCUGCCUCAAAACCAAACCAGACCAAACCACCCUCCUGCACAGAAUUUUAAUGUCACAUCACAGGUGAGCCUGGUGUUCCAUAGUUACUGCAGGUCCUGUAUUGAGUGGAAUUAGAGGUGCAGUGUUGUAGGAUUUUCUCAGUACUGUGGUAUUUUUAAUGACAUUUUUAUAUAAAAGAUUUCUGUCCUACCUAUGCUCAAAGAAUAAUCUUCCAAGAAGGGUAAACAUCUCAUGUCCACUAUUAGCUUAAAUUUUUAAUGCCAUUUUUUUCCCAAGUGAGACUUUUGAUAGAUGCAGAAGGUGAUUUGUUCCUGUGCUUACAGAGCGACAGUGAACGCUGGAGACAUUGUGAACAUUUGGCAUACCCAGCCAGAUUGGUAGAUAUAAAUGUCGCCGCGCACCGCCGAGCGCGCGCCCGGCCUCCCGCUUAUUCUACACCUCUAAUGCCAGACUAGAGUCAAGCUCAACAGGGUCUUCUUUCCCCGCUGAUUCCGCCAAGCCCGUUCCCUUGGCUGUGGUUUCGCUGGAUAGUAGGUAGGGACAGUGGGAAUCUUUUUCAUCCAUUCAUGCGCGUCACUAAUUAGAUGACGAGGCAUUUGGCUAUUUAAUAAACACAUAUAAAUAAUACAUAUGUCUCUUGUCCGGGUUAAGUAAGGUGGCCCGUCCACCUGAAAGUCCAAAUUAGAAUUUAAAGCCCAAAUAUGGGCUUAAAGACAUGGUUAUGAAUGGAUGAACCCCUUCCUCCCAAAACCAAUUCCCACUAUCCAGCGAACCAGCCAGGGGAAGGGGCCCAGUUUAUUUCUAUAGUAUACUACACAGGUACAAUCGAUCUGGCUCUGCUCGCGAAUACGUGUACAAUAUCUGCGGAGGCCAUAAGAACUUGGGAUGCCAGGGCCCUAGCGGUCCUCUCCAGCCUCGUUUUGGAGAGACCAAGGGCCAAAAACAGCUCCGAGUUCUUAGGGUACCAUUUUCCACGGGCCCCCAUGGGGAAGCCUAUAUAUUGAAUGUCCUCCGCAUUAGUAAGCUGUUGUAUUUGCGGAUGUAGGCGCUGAUAUUUCUUCGCCUUUUCAGCAGCAGCCUCCCUCAGCGAGGAAUUGCUGUGCUCGUAUCUGUUACGUCAACCACCAUCGCCUUGGACUCCUUAACAAAAAUCAAGUCUGGCUUCAACAGUUCAUUGGCUUCAUCUCGCAGAUGUGGUUCCUGAAAGACCGUCCAGUCCGCUCUCUUAGCUUCAACACUAAGAGUUUCACAGAUGGCAUUGUGUCUUUUAAUCCUGGCUUCUUGCGUGAUUGGACAGGUCCCCACGAUAUGUGCAACACACAAUGUCGGCAUGAUUGAACAAUAUUCUCAUGCCUACCCCUUGCCAGGAAUUCUCUUGUAGGGUAGACAUUGGCUCUUAGUUGUAGGGCUGUAAUAAGUUUGUGGUGAGGUAUGCCUGAUCCAGGCAUUACUGAUGACAUCGUUCUCAAAAUUCUCAAUGCCAUGUCCCUGGGCGACCAGAUGUGUCCAUUUCUGAAACUGCUUUCUGCCAAUUACGUGGUUUAGGAUAGCAGAUCUUCGGACUGGGUACCGCCCAUUCUGACUGGCUGUCAUCACCACCACCUUCUAUCCUUGGUAAGGGCUCCCAAAUCAGCAGGACGCACUUUUUCUUCCCCCAGCUCUUAUCCACAGUUUUUCAAAUAACAGUUCCAGGUGUUCCUCCUUUAAAAAAACCCAACAGAGCCACAUCAGAAGACUGCGCUAGUCUAUGGAGUCUUCUCGCUUGAAUGCUUGGAGUAAGUGCCACCAACUUGAUAAUACCCAAACCUCCAUCUUUAAAACUGGAAUACAAAUCGCAUCGCAUGUGCUCGGUGGAAGAUGUAGCCACUCCCUAACUGCCUUACAAAUCAGCAGGUCAAGGGGUUCCAGAAGACCCACGCUCACCUCGGUGUGGUCAGCCAAGUACACUAACCUCUGGGUGGUAUAGGUCCUGAGUGUCACGACUUUCUGAAGAGGUUUGAGGGGUGAACUUCCAAUCCAAUGUAACCAAUCCAUGAGUUUCUCUUCUUUCUUCUGUACGGGAGUGCUCUUGUAUACAAUCCUUUUCUAUUAGAAAUUGUUCAGGAGGGAAUAAAAAACCCAGUGGGAAAUA